AUGGUAAACCAUGCUCUGAAGAUGGAGAAAGACUGCAAGGAUCGCAGAUUAGGAGAUGAAGGAAAAAGGAAAAUAAUGCCAUUGAGAAAGUUUGGGAAGAAACCCUGGCAGUCUUAUAGGAGAAACUCUAGAGGGAGAUUAUACCCACCUAACCCAAGAAUUCCGAGGAGUCUUUCGGGCAAUAUAGACAAUGACCGAAGCCUAAUUUGUAUUUAUUGUGGGAAAAUCAACCACAUUGCUGCGGAAUGCUACCAAAAGAAGAAUGUAUGUCGGAAAUGCUACAAGCCUGGCUACUGGGCGAAGGACUGCCCAAUGUUGAAGACCGAGGAUCGCCCGAAGACCCAAGGACGAGUGUUUGCACUCAUUGAACAAGAGGCUAAGGCAUCCACCUUGGUGAUCAGAGGUAUAUUCUCAAUUUGUGAUAUUAAUGCUAAAGUCUUAAUUGACCCUGGAUCCUCUCAUUCAUUUGUUGCACCCCAUUUUUCUCGUUACAUGAAUGCUGCACCUGCAUGUCUCAAUUACACUUUAGUAGUAGUAUGUACACCGGUGGGCGACUCUAUGGAGACUGAUAAAGUAUAUAAACAAUGUAAGAUUACAAUUGAUGGGUGUGACCUGCCAAUGGAUUUGAUCCACCUACAUAUUCAAGACAUUGAUGUCAUUCUAGGCAACACCAAUGUAGAGGCCGAUCCCCUAAGUCGAAAGACUGUGGUUUCUGUGGCACACUUAAUGAUUCUAAAAAUGAAGUUGUUAGAGGAUGUAGCGAAGUGGCACCCAUCUCAGCCCCAUGAUGAGAGAACUGUGAAUGUCUUUGCAUCAUAUGUUCGAUGA